AUGAGGUUCAUCCUGCCCGUGGGUUUAAUCGCAACCACCCUUGCGAUGGUUCCUGUCUGCUUUGACAGGGAGAAGGUGUUCCGCGUGAAGCCCCAAGAUGAAAAACAAGCAAACAUCAUAAAGGACUUGGCCAAAACUAGUGAGCUUGACUUCUGGUAUCCAGAUUCCAUCCACCAUGUAGCUGCUAACAUGACCGUGGAUUUCCAAGUUGGUGGGAAGGAAUCCCAAUCUGUCCAGUCUGCCUUGGAUCUAAAUAAAAUGCACUAUGAAAUCCUGAUUCAUGAUCUACAAGAAGAGAUCGAGAAACAGUUUGAUGUUAAAGAAGAUAUGCCCAGUAGGCACAGCUAUGCAAAAUACAAUAACUGGGACAAGAUUGUGGCUUGGACUGAAAAAAUGGUGAACAAGCAUCCUGAAAUGGUUUCUCGUAUUAAAAUUGGAUCUACUGUUGACGAUAAUCCACUAUACAUUCUCAAGAUCGGAAAAAAGGACGAAAGAAAAAAGGCUAUUUUUAUGGACUGUGGCAUUCAUGCACGAGAAUGGGUCUCCCCAGCAUUCUGCCAGUGGUUUGUCUACCAGGCAACCAAAACUUAUGGAAAAAACAAAAUUAUGACCAAACUCUUGGAUCGAAUGAAUUUUUAUGUUCUUCCUGUGUUCAACGUUGAUGGAUAUAUUUGGUCAUGGACAAAGAACCGCAUGUGGAGAAAAAAUCGUUCCAAGAACCAAAACUCCAAAUGCAUCGGCACUGACCUCAACAGGAAUUUUAAUAUUUCAUGGAACGGUGUUCCUGACACCAGUAAUCCAUGUAUGGACAACUAUAGGGGCCCAGCACCAGAAUCCGAGAGAGAGACAAAAGCUGUUACUGACUUCAUUCGAAGCCACCUGCAAUCAAUCAAGGCUUACAUCACCUUCCAUUCCUACGCCCAGAUGUUAUUGUUUCCCGACGGAUAUACAAUAAAACUGCCACCCAACCACGAGGACCUGGCCAAAGUUGCAAAGAUUGGCACUAAUGUUCUAGCGACUCGAUAUGAAACCUGCUACAUCUAUGGCCCAAUAACAUCAACAAUUUACCCAACAUCAGGUUCUUCUUUAGACUGGGCUUACAACCUGGGAAUCAAACACACAUUUGCCUUUGACCUCCGAGAUAAAGGCUAUUUUGGUUUUCUCCUUCCAGAAUCUCAGAUAAAGCCAACCUGUAAAGAGACCAUGCUAGCUGUCAAAUUUAUUGCCAAGUAUAUCCUCAAGCAUGCUUCCUAA